AUGGCUAUUUCUUUAUCAUCAGCAGCAAAAGUUUGCUCUUUGAAUCCAGAGCCUCCAUUUGCUGCGUCUUCAAAUUCAGCAGCAAAGCUUUCUAGCUUGUCUUCUCUGCAAUUCCCUAGAGAACUACGCCGUUUUCAUGUUGGAAACCGAGCUGUUCAGUCCGGGCAGCCCUCCCGAACUUUACAUGUGAUGGAUUUUACCUGCAGAGGAAGCAAUUCUAGCCUAUGGAAUAAGCUAGUCAUGGAGAAACCAAGUGAAAAGGCUACUGUGGUGAAGGCAAAGAAGCAAACAUUUUCAUCCUUUGACGAUUUACUGAAAACCGCUGACAAACCAGUGUUGGUUGAUUUCUAUGCAACCUGGUGUGGUCCAUGCCAAUUCAUGGUUCCUGUUCUGAAUGAGGUUAGUACAAGAAUGAAAGAUAAGAUCCAGGUGGUGAAGAUUGAUACUGAGAAGUAUCCGAGCAUCGCAGAUAAGUAUAGAAUUCAGGCACUCCCUACUUUUAUCAUAUUCAAGGAUGGAGAACCCCAUGAUCGUUUUGAGGGUGCACUUACAGCAGACCAACUAAUACAGCAGAUCGAGUCCUCACUGAAAGUCAAGCAGUAG